GUGUUAUCCUAUCCUCCACCCGCUGGCGCACAUUAGCAUCACGCCAUCACCCAGUCUUUGUACCUGAUUUCUCAGCACCCAAACAAUCUCGUUUUCUUUCUCUUCUCUAUCACUUGCGAAGCUGUUUCUCUGUCUCUCAGUAGCAAAGAGGAGUACUUCUAGAAUCGAUUACAGAUGGCGAGCGCGGUGGACGCAACGGGGAAUCCGAUCCCCACAUCUGCGGUGUUGACGGCGUCAUCAAAGCACAUAUCUUCGAGAUGCUUACAGGAGAAUGUGGCGUUUCUCAAGUGCAAGAAGAAGGAUCCAAACCCGGAGAAAUGCCUCGAUAAAGGCAAGGAAGUCACUCGCUGCGUCCUUGGCCUGCUGAAAGAUCUUCACCAGAAGUGUGCAAAAGAGAUGGAUGCUUACGUUGGUUGCAUGUAUUAUCAUACGAAUGAAUUUGAUUUAUGUCGCAAAGAGCAGCAAGCAUUUGAGAAAGCAUGCCCUUUGGAAUGAUUGGCCAACUGAACUUGUGAUGCCUUGACUACAAUAAUUAGGGCAGUUUGCUCUGUUGUUCUUUCUGGUUUCCUGACAUGAAUCAUCUUCAUUUUCUAUGGUUCAAAAUGUUCUUUCAGGAUUGCUUUCAAAUCAAAAAAGAUGGGACAAUUGCCUACUUUUUAAGCAGAAAAGUUGUUGAUCAUUAUUUGGUUUUACAGUAACCGGAUGUUUGGAUUUUGGUU